AUGUCUUGCAAUGCCCGCCAUCCUGCUGCUUUGCAAGCCCAUACAAAGACUCCUACCCUGCACCUCAGUCUCCUCAAACUACCUGUUUCAGAAGUUCUGGAUAAUGAAGAGAAUCUGAUCAAUGAUGAGAUGAAGAAGCAGAUGAAUGAGAAGAAUAUAGAGACUCAGUCUGAGAAUUCUCAAUAUCUGUGA